AUGUCCCUGGUCGCCGCGUGCGCCGCCGGAGCGCGCGCCUCCCUGCUUUCCUCCUCCCCGUCGUCCUCGUCCCGCCCAUGCCAGGCCCUCGCCCACCAGGUCCGCGCGUAUAGGUCCCUUGUCUCGCCGGCGGCGAGCAGGGGAGGCCGCCGCAGUACGCGUCUCCGGGUGCGCGCAGCCAGGCUGGAGUCGACCGGCGUCUCCGUGGGCUUCCGUGCACCCCAAUUUGAGCUCCCGGAGCCCCUGACGGGGAAAAUCUGGACGCUGGAUGACUUCGAGGGUAGCCCUGCUUUGCUGGUUAUGUUCAUAUGCAAUCACUGUCCAUUUGUGAAACAUCUGAAAAAAGAUAUUGCAAAGCUCACUUCAUUCUAUAUGGAGAAAGGACUUGCUUCUGUCGCCAUAUCCUCAAAUUCAAUUGUGACACAUCCCCAGGAUGGCCCCGAGUACAUGGCGGAGGAGGCAAAAUUGUUUAAAUACCCUUUUCCUUAUUUGUAUGAUGAGUCUCAAGAAGUUGCUAAGGGUUUUCGAGCAGUCUGCACACCAGAGUUCUACUUGUUCAAAAAGGAUGGGCGAAGGCCAUUUGAACUUUUUUACCAUGGGCAAUUUGAUGAUUCAAGACCCAGUAACAAUGUGCCAGUCACCGGAAGAGAUUUAAGCCGUGCAAUCGACUGCGCACUUAGUGGCCAAGAAUUGCCUUUCGACCAAAAACCAAGUGUCGGGUGCAGCAUCAAGUGGCACAAGUGA